AUGUUCCCUAGUAAAUUGUAUGAUUUACAAUUAACUCCUUCUUUGAAUAAAUUUAAUUCUGAUUUUUAAAGUGCUAGAAUGAUAGAAUAAUUCAAAUAACUAUUAAUUGAAGAUGAUAAGGAAAUACUCACAUCAGCUUUGGUAUAAUACUUAAAUCAAAAAGUUAGGAUCUAAUGAAAGCUAUUUCAUAUUCACUAUAUGGUACAUGGUUUUAUUGGAAAGUUUUGACUGAUAUUUGUAAAGGUGAUGAUCUCAACAUUAUAAGUUAAUAAUUGGAGAGAAAAAUCAUUAUUUAUGAUAUUUGUGAAAUUGAAGAUUUGAAAUGUUAAGUGAUUAAUUAUGGAUAUAAGAAACCUAUAUAUUUGGCUCGCUAUUUAAAUUAUUUUUAUGUUGUAGGCAAAAAGGGUACAUCUGAAAAGCAUAAACUUAUUAAAGAUAUUUUAAUGGAUGUUAUCAAUGAAAUAAUAGGAUUACCUAUCAGAAGACAUAAAAGAUCAUAUUCAGAUGCUUUUAAGUACCUAUCUGAUUAAAAGGAUAAUCGUACAAAUAAAUUAAAUAUUAAAAAUGUUCCUUUAUCUCCCUCUAAUAUAUCUCGUACAAGUUUAUAAAUGUAAUUGUUGGAUGAAGUAAAUCAAGAGAGUGAUCUUUUACUUAAGGAAUGUAAUUCUUUAAUUAACUCUCCAAGUCCAUAGAAUGAUCUAUUAUAAUCACUCAAUUUAAAUUUACAAGAAGGUACAAAUAUAUUGUCUAAUGUAAAUAUAUUAAAAAAUAUGUAUAGAUAAGAUAUUUUGGAACAUUAAAGUUUUAUGAUGAAGCAAGAUCUUAUGGUUUCAUAGUUAUGGACAUGGAUGGAAGUGAUUUAUUUGUUCAUUGUGAUGAUCUAACUAAAGCAGGGAUGAAUAAAGAUUUUUUAAGAACAGCUAAACAUGGUAAUAUAAUUAGAUUUUCAUUUCUUAUUCUUGAAUACUUUGGAAAGUACAAUAAAAGUAGAAAAGCAGUAGACUUAUAAUUUAUUCAAGGAUAACAAUAUUUCAUAUGA